AUGUCAACAAAAGAACUUUGUAUACAUUUAACAGAACUUCAUGCAAAAUCGUUAUUGAAUGAUAAUGAUACGUUUUUGUUUGAUUGUGAUGGUGUUCUUUGGAAUUUUCCUCAUAUCUUGACAGGUGCAGUUGAAUUAUUAAAUUAUUUGACAGAACAAGGUAAACGAUUAUUUUUUGUGACAAAUAAUUCAACGACAACACAAGAUGAUUAUGCAAAACGUUUCAAUGAUAUUGGUUAUAAAGCUAAACCUGAACAAAUUAUUUGUACGGCAUGGCUUACUGCUCAACAUUUAAAAUCAAUUAAUUUUAAAGGAAAAUGUUAUGUACUUGGAAUGCAAUCAAUGAAACAUGAAUUAGAACGAGAAGGUUUUCAAAUUUGUGGUGGUAUUGGUCCUGAUCCUUUACCUUCCGAUAGCAAUACAGUCACAGUAAAUAAACUUGAAUUAGAAAAAGAUGUUGAUUGUGUGAUAUCAGCUUUUGACUUACAUAUAAGCUAUAUUAAAAUUCUUAAAGCAGCAACUUAUCUUAAUCGACCAAACGUCUUGUUUAUAGCAACGAAUGAUGAUGCAAGUCAUCCACAAAGUGAUGAAACAGUUAAGCCCGGUGCGGGUUCAAUUUUGGCUUCUGUUGCAAUAGCUUCAUGUCGUUCACCUACAAUACUUGGUAAACCGCAUGCACCAAUGUUUGAUGCUAUUCGUUUAGCAUUUCCAGAUGUUGAUCCUAAACGAACAGUAAUGAUUGGUGAUCAAGUUGAAACUGAUAUUGCUUUUGGUAAUCGACAAGGUACAACAACAUUACUUGUAUUUAGUAGAGCAACAAGGGAGAAAUAUUUGGAUACUCUUAAACAAAAAGUAGAAAAACAUACAGCUGAACGAGAUCUUUUACCUCAUUUUUGUGUCAAAGAUGUCGAACAAUUUUUACAAUUUCUUAAAUCAAAUGAAAGCAAUACAUUAUUAUAA